CAAUCGAGACGGACGGUAGUCAGAACAGGCGAUAUCCUAUGCAUUUUUUGCAAGAAAGAGAAGGCUCGAAGGCUCUCCCUUCCCUCACUUCUCUUUUUGGUUUCAACGCUCCAAAAUCUCCGAGUUCAUAUAAAAUUCACACUUUCCCUGUGUCUCACCUCGACCUAACCAUCCAAUUCAACCAAUCCUUCGAUCCGACGAAACGAAUCCCAGCUCGUCCGUACACCCAUUCGUCCACUACCACUAUUUUCGAUUUUGGCAUUUCCUCAAAAUUUCUCAUUUCUCGAUAGAAUUGCGAAUUUGUGAUCUGCGGGAAUUUGAAUCGAAAAGAGGUGCUUGGAAAAUCAUUAAAAAGGAAAUGGCGGGGCAAAAUCAAGGGCCGAAUAUGGAUCAGUUCGAAGCGUACUUUAGGAGAGCGGAUUUGGACGGCGAUGGCAGGAUCAGUGGAGCCGAAGCUGUUGGUUUCUUUCAAGGAUCCAAUCUUCCCAAACAAGUCCUUGCUCAGAUAUGGAUGCAUGCUGAUCAGAAUAAAACUGGUUUCCUCGGUCGCACAGAAUUUUAUAAUGCUCUCAAACUUGUAACUGUGGCACAGAGUAAGCGAGAACUAACCCCAGAUAUGGUCAAGGCAGCACUAUAUGGUCCGGCUGCAGCUAAAAUUCCUGCACCACAAAUUAAUCUUACAGUAAUACCUGCACCUCAAUUGAAUUCAAUGGGUGCAUCGUCUGCUCCACAGAUGGGUGCCAUUGCACCAACAUCAUCACAAAAUCUUGGCUUUAGAGCACAAGGAGUUCCAAACCCAAGUAUGAACCAGCAUUAUGUUCCUUCUCAGCAAAAUCAGGCCUUGAGGCCACCUCAACCCAUGCCUGCUGUCACUGCUCCCCGUCCAUCACAGGGUAUUGCAAGUCCACAACUCACUAGGGGAGGUAAUAUGUUAGGUCCCAAUGUCCAGAACUCAAACAUCUCCAAUGAUUGGCUCAGUGGAAGGACUGGUGCAGCUCCUAAUGGGCCCAGAGGGAUUAGUCCAUCAAUGCCCUUGCCUACUUCACAGCCGCAAGCUCCAGUCUCUAUGGCUUCCCAGCCAAAAGCAUUAGCUGUUUCAGGAAAUGGGUUUGGUUCUGGACCAAGUCAUUCUGUUAGUAGCAAUCCCAACUCUUUGGCCUUCACUCCUGCUACUAGUGGGCCUCAAACUUUUGGUAAGCAGGGUUCACUUGAUUCAUUGCAAGGUGCAUUUUCAAUGCAACCUGCUGGUGGUCAGUUUCAGCGGACUCAGUCAUCAUUGAACCCGAGUCAACAGGUUUCAGCUCCAGGUUCUUCCUCAAUUGCAACAUCUGGGAUUUCAGUUGGAGUUGGAAAUUCUACUUCUGAAAAUAUGCAGCUUCCUUGGCCAAAGAUGAAACCAUCUGAUGUUCAGAAGUAUACAAAAGUGUUUAUGGAAGUAGACACCGACAGAGAUGGGAUAAUCAGUGGUGAGCAGGCACGGAAUCUAUUUUUGAGUUGGAGAUUACCAAGAGAGGUUUUAAAGCAGGUGUGGGACUUAUCUGACCAGGAUAAUGAUAGUAUGCUUUCUUUGAGGGAAUUUUGCUUCGCUCUCUAUUUGAUGGAAAGAUCCAGGGAAGGUCGCCCUCUUCCAGCUGCACUGCCACCAAAUGUCAUGUUUGAUGAGACACUGCUGGCUAUGACAGGUCAACCCAAAGUCUCAUAUGGAAAUGCAGCUUGGGGUCCCAGACCUGGUAUUGGUUUUGGACAGCAGCCCGGGAUGCCAGGUACCCGGCCAAUUGCACCUGCAACUGGUUUGAGGCCACCAAUGCAGGUAGGUGCCCUCCUGGCUGAUGGUGCAAUGCAAUCCAAUCAGCAAAAGUCGGGAGCACCUGCAUUGGAGGAUUCAUUUGGAAACCAACUUGAUACAGGAGGACAGAAUUCAGCAAACUCAAUGCCUCAAGUGGCAACAACUGCUGGGAAAAAGGUUGAAGAAACACAAAAUGUGAUAUUGGAUUCUAGAGAGAAGCUUGAGUUCUACCGCACCAAAAUGCAGGAACUUGUUCUCUAUAAAAGCAGAUGUGAUAAUAAACUAAACGAGAUCACUGAAAGGGCAUCUGCUGAUAAGCGUGAGGCAGAGUCUCUGGCUAAGAAGUAUGAAGAGAAGUACAAGCAAGUGGGAGAAAUAGCAUCAAAGUUAACCAUUGAAGAGGCUAGAUUUCGUGAUAUUCAGGAGAGGAAGACGGAGUUGCAUCAAGCAAUUGUUAACAUGGAACAUGGAGGCAGUGCAGAUGGUAUCCUUCAGGUCCGAGCUGACCGCAUUCAAUCAGAUGUUGAGGAGCUACUGAAGGCUCUAACUGAACGCAGCAAGAAACAUGGAUUAGAUGUUAAGUCGGCUGCAUUGAUUGAGCUCCCAAUUGGUUGGGAACCUGGAAUUCAAGUGGGAGCAGCUCUUUGGGAUGAAGAAUGGGAUAAGUUUGAAGACGAAGGGUUUGUUAAUGAUCUCACUCUUGAUGCGAAAAAUGUCUCUGUCUCUUCAAAACCAAAAUCUGCAUCUGUUCACAAUGAACAAGUUUACAGUGAUGAUAAUUCAACCCAUGAUUCAUAUGCUAAUGAAAAGCCAGGGAAUUCUUUCGGUACUAGUGAACCUGUCUUUGAGAGUGAAUCUGCAUAUUCCCACAGUGAAGAUGAAUUGGCCAGAAGCCCUCAUGACAGUCCGGCAGGAAGGACUGCUUUAGAGAGUCCUUCUCAAGAUUUUUCAGAUGUUCAUUAUGGAAAAGGUUCUGAAGCAGAUGCAGAAACACAUAGAAGCUUUGACGAAUCGACCUGGGGUGCUUUUGACAAUAACGAUGAUGUGGACUCAGUUUGGGGAUUUAACCCUAGCCAUACCAAGGACUCGGAUACUGAGAGGCACAAAGAUACCUUUGGAUCUAGUGACUUUGGCAUAAACCCAGUACGAACAGGAUCCUCACAUGCAGAAAGCAUCUUUCAGACGAAGAGCCCAUUUGCUUUUGAAGACUCUGUUCCCGGGACUCCGAUGUCCAAGUUUGGCAACUCUCCUAGGUACAGUGAGGCAGGGGAUCAAUUCUUUGACAACUUCUCAAGGUUUGAUUCCUUCAGCACACACGAAGGCGGCGCAUUCUCCCCGCGGGAGAGGUUUUCAAGGUUUGAUUCCAUGAACAGCAGCAAAGACUUUGGCUACGGCCGUGAGAGACUUACGAGGUUCGAUUCCAUAAACAGCACAAAAGAUUUCAGCCAUAGCGCUGCAUUUUCUUUUGAUGACACCGAUCCUUUCGGCUCCUCUGGCCCCUUUAAGGUCUCAUCCGAGAGUCAAACUCCAAAGAAAAGUUCGGAUAAUUGGAGUGCUUUCUAGCCUGCAAUUUAACUUGUUUUUCCACUGGUCCCUUUCCCUUUCCCCAUUUUUUGUUUCGGGGUGUUUAAUGGUAGUCAUUUUUUGAUUGUGCUGUAUAGCUUGAGACUAAAUAUGGACAGUUGUAUUGUUUGUAUGGUAUGGUCUUCUUGUAUUAUUUCGAGGAUAAUGUAUUUUUGGUUUGUUGAGCG